UGCUCCGUUCAAAAAAACACAACAACACACAGCAGCAGCAACGUUACCGUGAAAUAAACUCGCUCAUUUACGAGUGUUUGUCGCGGAUUGUCUCCUCCGAAAAAACACCGAGUCUUCUUAGUUGUUUCCUGCCGGUGAGAAGCUCACUUUGUCGGGAUGGAUGUCCUUCAGCAUAACGGCGACGUUGCGGAGAUUUCCAAGAAACUGGAUGAGUGUUUGUCUGUGGACUCAGACGACCAGAUGGAAUCCUACCACAGACUAAUUCAAGAUGGUAAAGACGUCGGCAGACAAGGAGACAUGAAGAAAGCGCUGAAGUUCUUCAAACUGGCGAACGACAUCCGGCAGAGCGAGAAGCUUGAAAGCAGGAUAAAGAAGAUCGAGGACCAUCUUUCUCAGGACGAGUCGGAGGAAGAAGACGACGACUUUGUCGACGUUAACGGCAGCGGGUUGAUGCUUUUCAAAGAGUUGUACGACAAGCUUUACGACUACCAGAGGGACGGAGUGGCCUUCCUGUACGGUCUGCACAGAGACGGGCGUAAAGGGGGGAUCCUGGCGGACGACAUGGGCCUCGGUAAAACCAUCCAGGUGAUCUCGUUCCUCUCCGGGAUGUACGACAACGAGCUGGCGAAGCACACUCUGCUGGUCAUGCCCACGUCACUCAUCACCAACUGGACCAAGGAGUUCGCCAAGUGGGCUCCCGGCAUGAGGGUCAAGGAGUUUCACGGCACCGGCAAAGUGAGGACCGGGAAUCUGGAGAAGGUCCAGAGGAGGAGCGGCGUCGUCAUCACCACGUACACUAUGAUCAUGAAUAACUGGCAGCAGUUGUCGUCGUACAACGGCAGAGAGUUCACGUGGGACUACGUGAUCCUGGAUGAGGCGCACAAGAUAAAGAACACGUCCACCAAAUCGGCCAAAAGUGCCUACGCCAUACCGUCGAAAAACCGCGUUCUUCUCACCGGCACGCCGGUCCAGAACAACCUGAAGGAAAUGUGGGCUCUCUUUGACUUUGCGUGCCACGGCACUCUCCUGGGGACAGCUAAAACAUUUAAAACCGAGUACGAGAACCCCAUCACCCGGGCCAGAGAGAAGGACGCCACUCCAGGGGAAAAGGCUCUCGGGUCUCGGAUGUCCGAGAACCUCAUGGCCAUAAUACAACCCUACUUCCUCCGCAGGACAAAAGCAGAAGUGCAGAAGAACAAAAUAGACCGGGAACAACAGGAAGGCAAAGACAGCCGAGUCCCAAAACCUCCGAAAGACUCCGGAGCCGUCAUGCCGACGCUGAAGAGGAAGAACGACCUGAUUGUCUGGACUUACCUGAGCGCCGUCCAGGAGGACAUCUACAGGCAGUUCAUCUCUCUGGACCACAUCAAGGAGCUGCUCAUGACGACCAGAUCGCCUCUGGCCGAACUCAACAUCAUGAAAAAGUUGUGCGACCACCCGAGACUGUUCUCUGCUGCAGCCAUAGCUAAGCUGGGCUUGGAGGAAAGUAGAGCUGAAGGUCAGCAGAACGGCAACGUGGAGGUGGACCCAGGAAGCAUCGCCAACGUCCCCGACGACACCUUGAUAUCAGAGUCCGGGAAACUGGUCUUUCUGUUCGCUCUUCUCGAGAGGCUCAGAGAAGAAGGCCACCGAACGCUGGUCUUCGCUCAUUACAGGAAGGUGCUCGACAUCAUCGAACGCAUCCUGGGCAACCGAGGCUUCAAGGUGAUGAGGCUGGACGGGACGAUUACUCAGAUCGCAGAGCGAGAGCGGCUCAUCACUCGCUUCCAGAAGGACCGAAGCUACUCCGUCUUCCUCCUCACCACCCAGGUCGGAGGAGUCGGUAUCACUUUGACGGCAGCCGAUCGAGUUGUGAUCUACGAUCCCAGCUGGAACCCGGCGACGGACGCCCAGGCUGUGGACAGGGCGUACCGCAUCGGACAGACUGAAAACGUGGUCAUCUACAGGCUGAUCACCUGCGGCACGGUGGAGGAGAAGAUCUACAGACGGCAGGUCUUCAAGGACUCCCUCAUCCAGCAGAGCACUGGGGACAAGAAGAACCCGUUUCGUUACUUCAGCAGGCAAGACUUGAAGGAGCUCUUCAUCCUGGAGGACACACGGUCUUCGUCUACGCAGCUGCAGCUCCAAGAGCUGCACUCCAGACACCGGCGGACGGACCCCGAACUGGACGAGCACAUCGCCCACCUCCACGCCAUGGAGAUGUUUGGGAUCUCCGAUCACGACCUCAUGUUCUCCCUCGACGUCAACCACGACGACGAGGCGCCGGAGGACCAGGAGGCGCACCACUACAUCGAGGGGCGGGUCCAGAAGGCCCAGGACCUGAUGAAGGCUGAGUCGGAGCUGCAGAUGCAGCUGGCGGAGAGCAUGGCGUCCAGCACAGAGCCGGCCUGGCUCAGACAACCAGAGUCCAACAACAACAGGGAGCAGUCUCACAAGAAAAAGAAUCCAAGACCAAGUCCGUCCUUUCCACAGCCCGACCGCAAAUUCAAUGAGUCACCCAUUGUUGUGGAGUUGGACCAGUCUGGUUCUGACAAGGAGUGCGUCCAACAGAAUGGUAGCCCGGUUAUUGAUCUCACCGUAGAUGAGAGUAUGUCCGAAGAACAACCCGUUGUUCUAGAAGGAAGCCGAGACGAGCUUCCAGACCAGAACCUGUAUUCCCCGAAACCCCCGUCCGUCAAGCGUGAGAGGAGCUCCAUAGAAGAGGAGGAGGACGCCUCCCCUCAGGAGGUGAUUGAGGACUCUUUGGUAAUGUCUGAGCCGUACGUCACAGCCGGUGAUGAAGACUUCGCUCCUCUGCAGAACAAAAGACUUUCAGUCCUGAAGCUGGAUUUGGAUCCUAAGAUGGAGUCCAGAGUCAGCUCAGGACUGGAAUCCUUUGAGGGCAACUUCAACUUACAGCUUGAAGAAAGUGACUUAUCGGACCGGGAAGUUCUGGAUCAUCAAGAGACCGAAGAGGAGGAGAGGAAGCUGCUGUCACAGCUGCAGAUGGAGGGCAGUUUUGACGUUUAUAAAUCCCUUUCUGAUAGUCAACAUAAAGAAAAACUCAGUCUCAGUAAGGCCUCUGAGAUGGACCAGUCCAUGGACGACUCCAUUGUGGCCACCAAGAAGAAGAGAGCAGCGGUGAUUUAUGAAAGUGAAGACGAGGACAGCGAUCGGGGUCAGCACAACAACUCCUUCAAGAUUCUCGGAGCCUCCACGCCUAAAUCAGGCCCCGCCCCUCUCCGGUCGAGAAAGAGCGUUGGAGGAAACGCCUCCGUGGCCUCACGCCGGUCCUUCAUCAUGUCCAUGAUUGAAGACACCGACAUGACUGAUGAAGAAGAAGACGAUGAGGUUUCAGGGAGGCAGCCGGACGAAGAGGAAAUCAUUUGUUCAACUCGUGAUGAGCUUCAGCUGGAGGAUACGGUGGGAGAGACAUUAAACUCAGAGGAAGAGGAGGAGUCUGGACAGGAAGUGAGCAAUAGCAUGGAGGAGGAAGAGGAGUCUGGACAGGAAGUAAGCAAUAACAAGGAGGAGGAGUCUGGACAGGAAGUGAGCAAUAGCAUGGAGGAGGAAGAGGAGUCUGGACAGGAAGUGAGCAAUAGCAUGGAGGAGGAAGAGGAGUCUGGACAGGAAGUAAGCAAUAACAUGGAGGAGUCUGGACAGGAAGUGAGCAAUACCAUGGAGGAGGAAGAGGAGGAGUCACAGGAAGUGAGCAAUAAGGUUGAGGAGGAAUCCUUCAUCUCGCUGGUGAGAAGAGGAAAGGAGAGGAGCUGUGAAGGGAAGCUGGACGAGGCGUUGAACUUGUUCCUGAGAGCCAUCGACAUGAAACCUGGAGACCCUGAAGUCCAGCUGAUGACCAUCCAGCUGUACCGGCAGCUGAGUCAGAGAAGCUAACCAGAAGUCUGUUGGUGAUUUAGAUUUGCACAUUUGUUAAAUUAAUGAAGUAACUGUACAGAGAGAACGUGGGGAGGAGAUAUUAAAGAUGUUUAUGUUGCAUGGAAUCUGUGUUAAAUUUUUUAUUUUAUCAUGAUGAUGAAACGGUGAUGGGUUUCUUCUUAUCUGUUGAUUUAAAAAAAUAAACUUGUACUGUAAACAAGUUUAAAUACAAUUGUUCUAGUAAUUUUUGUAUAAAUCUACAUUUCAUUUGAUGUCUUUGGGUUGGGACCAACAUGCAGAAGAUUUCUAAAUAUAUAUCUUCAUUAUUCCUGAAACACCUUUUUAAAUUAUUCAAUAAUUAAGUCACGAUAUAGAU